AUGUCUUGUGAAGAUGAACAUCAUAAUCACAACCACCAUAAUGGUUCAAGCCAUCAACAUAUAGCUCCUAUACCUACCACCACAUCUCAAUCAUUAAACUCCAAAAUAGAUUUAUAUAAAGUAUCAGCAUUAAACUUACAAAAUCCACCAGAUCAACUUCAAAAAUUAUUUAAAGACCAAGAACAUAAAUUUGAAAUUCACCCAACGAUUAAAUCAGAUUGUGAUGAACAAUUAAUUAUAAAUAUUCCUUUUCUCAAUGGUAGUGUGAAACUAUACUCAUUAAUACUACGUACAAACGGUGAAUCAUAUUGUCCCAAAACCAUAAAGCUAUAUAAAAAUGAUAAAACAAUAGAUUUCGAUAAUAUCGACUCCAAAAAGCCAAUUCAAGAAAUAACUCACCCACAAAUAGGUAUAGCAGAUGAUGAAAUUCUGGAUGUUAUAGACUCAGAAUCUACAUUUAUUGAACAUUUUUUACAAAGACAUAAAUUUACAGGAGUUCAACAAUUAACAAUCUACAUACAAAAUAUUUAUGAAGAUGAAGAUCAAUGUCAAUUUCAUUCAAUUGAAUUGAGAGGUGAAUUUACUGAAUUGAAUAAAGAUCCUAUUAUUACUAUUUAUGAACUGGCUGCUAAUCCUGCUGAUCACAAAAAUUUAACUGCAAUUGAUCAGAAGGGUAAUAUACAAUUUGGUAGUUGA